CAAUUUAUAUUUAUACUGCUAAAAAUGUGUGAUAGAAGAAAAAGAAAUAAGUAUGAAGAUAUAUUUAAAAACUUGGUAAAUGAGAUGAUUAACACCCGAUUUCCCUUCCAAAUCUUUUAUUAAUUUUUUAAUUGGGUUUAUUUUUCAUUACUGUUCUGGACUGUGCUAGAACUUUUUCCUCACUUUCCCCAAAUUUUAAAAAGUUAUACUUUUAUUUCAACUCUAUAGUAUAGUACAGCUAUGAAAACCAGACUUAAUGAUGUGGUGUAUCAUUCAUCUUUUUAUUCACGUCCUCUUUCUAAAUUUCUGUAUAUUUAUAAUCGAGUAGUACAAUGAAUAAGCGUAUCGUAACAUAAUAUAUACUUUCUUUGGCAGUCAUGCACAGAUUUCGAAAAAUAUCAACCAAGUGCAAAUCCUGCGUGUAAACUUGUAUUUAAGUAUCUUUUUUUAUCUUAAUAGCAUUGAUUGAGAAGGUUAAAUAACCUUAUUGGCUUAUCAUAAAAUACUUUUUAAUAUGCCAAAUGUAUGGACCGAAGAGGAUACUGAGAAAUUAAUAGCACUUUAUGGCCAAUAUCAAUGUUUGUGGAACCCAUUUCAUUCUGAGUUCACUAGCAAAUCGUUGCGUUACGAGGCGUACAAGGAGAUGAGGGACUCCAUGAAUAUUCCUGGGUUAAGAAUAUGUGAUUGCAUUAAGAGAAUUGAAAGUGUGAAAAAAGAAUAUUGUUACGAAUUGUCAAAAAUUGCUGCAGCUAUUUCUUGCGAAAAAUUGUACGCGCCAAAAGCGAUGUGGUUUAAAACGAUGCACAUACUCUUCUUUCCGCACAUGCCAAUAUCUCGUUAUAAUGAUAUCGAAAAGGUAUGAUGUGUAACAGAAUUCGUAUACGAGAAAUUAAUACAGAUUUGAUUGUGUUAAUUUAUACUUGUGUGAUAAAGUAGUAGUAAUUAUAAAAGGAUAAAUAUUAUUAACAUCAGUGAUUUUUAUUGACUGUAUAUAUCUGGCAAUUUUAAUAAUACA